AUGUCCUGCACCGUUGCGGGCCUCAACUUCCUCCUUACCACAGUCAAGGAGGAGCCAGCCCCGGAUUUUGCCCGCAAGUUUGUCGACACCACCCGCCAUCCCUUCCCUUAUCUGCUCGUCAACAUCGGCUCAGGUGUCUCCAUCGUCAAAGUCACUGGUCACGGCCAGUUUGAGCGUGUCAGCGGCUCAUCGCUAGGCGGCGGCACAUUUUGGGGACUUGCGCGCAUGCUGCUUGACUGCGCCACCUUUGAUGAUGUCAUCCGCCUCACCCAUGACGGCGACAACGCAAACGUUGAUAUGCUUGUCGGUGAUAUUUAUGGCGGUGCGUACUCGAACCUCGGUCUCGACUCCAGCGUCAUCGCCGCCUCGUUCGGCAAGGCCACUAUGCUUAUCGACCCUCCCGAGCUUCCCAACUUCUCCGCCACUUUUCGCCAGCAGGACAUAGCCCUGUCAUUACUGAGAAUGGUUUCCUACAAUAUUGGCCAGAUCGCCUACCUGAACGCCCGUGUGCACAACUUGGAUCGCAUAUACUUUGGCGGCAACUUUAUCAGAAACCAUCCCUAUACCAUUGCCGAUAUUGGGACUGUGGGACGGGACGAAGGCGGCGAGCAGGCGCAAGGCGGCCUCGAGCGAGCGCGGGGAGACGGGGAUGGGUGCGAUCUUGAUGGCGUCGAGGGCAGAGAUCUCCGUCUCAGCGGAAGCGUGUGUGCGGGCGGCGUCGAAGACGGUCGGGAGGAAAUCGGUGAGCGGGGUGGGCAACUCAUGCUGGACAGAGAAAGGCAGAGUUAA